UGUCUGAAAACCAGCAAGUAAUUAUCUUCCUUUGAAGAUCUGAAAGAACACAAAAACUGAAGAAGAAAAAGAAAAAAUGGCUACACCCAUCAAGCUGAACACUUUGUGUUCUCUACUUAUGGCAUCACUGUUUGCUUACUCUGCAUCAGUGCAGUUAGAUGACUCUGAUUGGUACUUCUGGUUCUCUCUCUAUGGUGGUGCUUGUGUUGUUAAUCUGGUGAAUUGGGCUAUUUCAUCCAAAGCAAUUAAGCAUGUUGCUGAGGGGGCACUAUGGCUUGGGAUAUUUUUGUUUAUCAGGGUCAUAGCUGAAAGCACCUUGGUGGAUGGUGUGUCUGGGUUCUGGUCCCUGGAUUUAAGUGAGAGAGUUAUUAGGGAGAAAAUAGGAAGUGGGUUGGUUAUAAUCUCCAUGAUUUUGCAGUUGACAGCAUCUUCAUUAGAAGCUCCCCCACAUAAACAGCAAAGCAAAUUUCCAAGAUAUGUUGAAUAUGGAAUGGCAAUCUUGGUUGGGUUCAGUUAUGGGCUUCCCUUUGUCUUCUUUGUGGUCCAAAAAGGAGAACUGAAGUUCUGAAUCUGAUACAUCAGAAUAACGCAUGAAGCCUGAAACAAAAUGGAAUCUUUGAUUGUGAUCUUGUCCGGCAUUGUACAAAAGAACAAGUCUGCCAUGAUUUUAUCUGUUUGUUGUAUCAGAAGUCACUGUUUUAAGAGAGGUUGCUAAUCCUUGUAUCAAAUCAAAGCCUAAAAGCACAAUUUGGCACA